CUUGUAGGGUUUUCUUUUUCCCAUCGAUACGGAUAUGAAAGGGAAACCACAGCUUCAUUCUCAGUUCUUCGCGGCGGCGUCUUCCGAUCUCGGAUCUUCCCCGUCCGAGGCAAGGCUUGGAAACUAACAAGGCCAUGGUGCAUGUCAGUUUCUACCGCAACUAUGGGAAGACCUUCAAGAAGCCCCGCCGGCCCUACGAGAAAGAGCGGCUGGACGCGGAGCUGAAGCUAGUGGGCGAGUAUGGCCUCCGAUGCAAGCGCGAACUCUGGAGGGUUCAGUACGCUCUCAGCCGUAUCCGGAACGCCGCUAGGGAACUCCUCACGCUCGAUGAGAAAAACCCCCGCCGGAUCUUUGAGGGCGAGGCCCUACUCCGGAGGAUGAACCGUUACGGGCUCUUGGAGGAGGGACAGAACAAGCUCGAUUACGUCCUUGCGCUUACUGUGGAGAACUUUCUGGAGCGCCGCCUUCAGACGCUCGUCUUCAAGUCUGGGAUGGCAAAGUCGAUCCACCAUGCUCGUGUCCUGAUCAGGCAGCGCCACAUCAGAGUUGGAAGGCAAGUUGUCAACAUUCCUUCGUUCAUGGUUAGAGUGGACUCCGCAAAGCACAUUGAUUUCUCAUUAACUAGUCCAUUUGGCGGCGGCCGCCCAGGAAGGGUUAAGAGAAAGAACCAGAAAGCUGCUGCAAAGAAAGCAGCCGGAGGAGAUGGCGACGAGGAUGAUGAGGAAUAAGCGUUAUGUCUUAGUAGCAUUUGAAUUAGUAGUUUCCUAUAUUUCAUUUUCCAAAGGAGUUCUAUCUAUUUAUUUGAGUUAUACCUUUCAAAUUCAGUGUUUGAUCUUACAUAACAUGGAGUUUGACUAUUAUGGUUUUUGAGAUUAUGAUUUCCUUGUUUAUUUGUUUCAA